AAGCCACAGACGAUAAGACUUGUAGCCAUAUUCACAGCCCACAAUCCUAUUUGCAGCAAGCAAGCUGCUGUAGUUGUAUUGGAAUGAGGUCUCGGAAACAGAAUAUGAUCUGAUGCUGCAGAGCGAUAUCAAUGCCGGCUUUGGAAAACACAAUCAGUGGUUCUACUUUUCAAUCGAAGGUAUGAUGUCAAAUGUUUCGUACAAAUUCAACAUCAUCAACAUGAGCAAGGCCAACAGCCAGUUCAACUCAGGAAUGCAGCCAGUGAUCUAUUCAAAGAUUGACGACUGUUGGAGGCGCAUCGGUGACAAUGUGCUCUAUUUGAGAAAUCAUUACCGCAAGUGCCCUGGCGAGAAGAACCCAAACGCUUGGAUCUCAUAUUCCAGCGCCAUUUUUGUCAUCCAAGUCAAAAACGACAACGAUGUGUACUCUCUGGCGUAUCACUAUCCAUACACAUACACUGAUUAUCAGAAAUUCAUGUCGAGAGUCAGCCUGCUGCCGAAUUUUGACCUCAAGUGUCGGCGGCAGCUGCUGUGUAAGACGCUCUCGCACAAUAACUGUGAUUUGCUCACGAUCACGGCUUUCGACCCGGAAUCCUUGGGUGCCUCUCCGCUGGAUGAGCGCAAGUAUAUCUUCCUCAGCUCUCGGGUACAUCCUGGAGAAACAAACUCUAGCUUCAUCAUCGAAGGAGUGAUUGCCUUUCUGCUGAGCGACGAAGCGACAGCCAUCAAGCUGCGAUCCACAUGUAUCUUUAAGAUCAUCCCGAUGCUGAAUCCGGAUGGUGUCAUCAACGGCAGUCACCGAUGCUCGCUCGCAGGUGUGGAUCUCAACCGCCAGUGGCAGGCGCCCAUGCUCAAACACCACCCGACCAUCUACUGGGCCAAGAAGGUCCUGAGCCAUCUUGUGGCCAAGGGCAAGCGGCCGUUACUAUCGUGUGACUUUCACGGACACUCGAAGCGAAAGAACAUGUUUCUGUUUGGGUGCGAAACCCUGGCUCCAAACGAUGGGCUUGAGAAGAUUUUCCCUCAACUGAUGUCAGAUCGCUCCUCGCUCUUCGAUCUGAGCCAGUGCAAGUACGCCAUUGAAAAGUCCAAGGAGGCGACGGCCCGGGUGGUCAUCUGGAGAGAGCUUGGCGUUGUUGCCUCGUAUACGCUUGAGAGCACAUACUGCGGCAUCGACAUUGGGCCGCUCAAGGUAUGCCGGACAUGCAUUCAGCUCGGAAGCGAGAGAUGCACGGGUGCCAGUGGCCACUGAUCCGGGGUAUCAGAGCAAUCAUGGUGCUUGUGCUGGAGUACGCUGUUGCAGCCACAUCCGGUGACACUGCCGGCGAUCGCUCUAACAGCUUGGUGGAUGCACACGCGGCAGGGACUGCAAAUCAAGCCGAACGACCUCUUCCAGGUCGGCCAGAGCUUCGCAAAGGCCGUCAUGGUGAUGGUCGAGAUCUUUGGACCCAAUGUGCCAUGCAAUGCCGUCGCGGGGCAGGA